AUGUUCCAGGCCCAGAUGUUCAUCGGCCAAAAGCGUAAUCUUGCCGCCGUUGUUGCGCUUCCACGCAUAGAAAUCGUCCAAGUUCAAGAUGUGGCCCGUCUGCGAGCAGAAAUAAAACAGCUUGGCCUGGUCAACGAGCUGUUGCUUGUCUGCCGGCGGGAUUUGGGUGGCAUGCGGGUCUUUCUCCUUCAACAGCUCGAGGUGGCCGUCCAAAAUUUGGGCAAGGCCCUCCUGGAACUCGGGAAACGUCGCCCAGUCGUAAUUGAGAAACUCAAGAUACACACGUUCUUGCGGAUCGGCCAUGCUAGCAGAAGAAUGGGUGGUUCUGAUAAAGGUAAGACACCCGUGCACCACGGCUUUGGUCAGGGCAGGUCAAGUGGGGCAGUGGCUAGAAGGGCCAGUAGACGAAACUGUCAGCUUCAUCGGAGUUCUCCGCGCCUUCUCUUGCCUUUUAUCAUCGCCAACUGA